AUGCGCCAGGGUGGGGGACGGAGCCUGCUCCAGAGCAGCAACGGCCCCAGCCUGGGCAACAGCGGGGCGGAGAACCGCGCGCUGACUCCCCACGCUGACCUGGACGAGAAGAUCCGGCUGAGGGACCCCUACGUGGCCCCCCUCAACGUGCUGCAGGUGCUGGCUCUGCAGAGCCUGCGGUCCUUCCACGAGGGCGGCGCCCUGCCCGACUACGCGCGCGACUACAACCCCUCAAACCCUGAGGUCAUCGACCUGCUGUCGCGGGACCCCAACCAGAAGAAGGAUGAGAAGCACCCCUUCCAGGCCGCCAUGGACGACUGCCUGCUCAUCUCCAUCAAGGGCAUCUCAGCGGGCAUGCAGAACACCGGAUGA